UUUUUGAAUAAUACGACUCCAUUGAUAAUAAACUACUGUAAUAUAUAGCUUUGUCCUCAAAAUUUAAAACGAUAUUAAGCCUAACAAAAUUAGUCACACCAUCAACCAAACUUUUCUAGAUAUAAAGAAUUCAAAUAUCACAAAGUACCACAAUCACAAUAUUCAAAAUACACUUAAAAGUACGAGAGUCUUACUCAUUAAAAUGGAUUUAAUUAAUCUACUCACACAAAUCUCCAAUCGAGUAACAUCACUAUCCUAACUGUACUUUAUUCAAAUAUUAGCAACCCAAUUACAAAAAAAUAAAAUUUCCCAAUGACCUUAUUAUCAAUUUCUUAAAUUGACCAAGUCUUAUGUUACAUAAUUAAAAUAAAAAGUUGCAAAAAAGUUUAGUAAUAAUAAUAACUUAUAAUCCAUUAAUUUUAAUCCUAAAAAAAAAAAAAAAAGUGGGGUGGGAAAUAGCAUAAAAAGGCUCUGCCUUUUGUCAAGCCACGUGUAGAUGAGGAUCCCGUUUACACUAAUAUGGUUAAAAUCCCGCGUUAUUUUUGUAAGUUGUACUACUACAUAACACUACCCCCUUAGCCGUUCUCCACACAAUACCAUCUUCUACAGUAUGAACUCCCCAUGAAAUUAUAAAAGCUUUAUUUAAUAUUUUAUGAAAACAAAAACUAUAGUGUAUAAUAGAGCCAAUGAGAAGGCGGUCCAAAAUGCAUUAAAUGCGGCAGAAAAUUAAAAAACCGUCCAAUUUAUUCACCAGACCCGUACUUUGCAAGCCAACCCUCUUCUCCUCAUUUUUCACCGGCAUUUCCCGGUCUCCAUCACUUGUACCUGUUUCCCACACUUAUAUUUUCCCUUCAUUUCUCUCUCUCUCUCCUAUUUUUUAAACCAAACAGUCCCUUCUCCCUUCCCCCCUUGUUCAUUCGCUCUUCAUAUAUUCUCUCUCCUCUAUUCAAAUGAAGAUUUGAUGGGUGAUAAUAAGCAUAAGAUUAUUAGUGUUGAAGAAAUGGGCGCUUCGAAAAUGAUAGAUAUGACCAACAACCACCUUAGUCAUAGUAUUAGUAGUACUAAUACAACAAGUAUUUUCUCCGAUCAGAUGAUGUUCGGAUACAACAACAGCUUAUUCGACGUUCCGGGCGCUACCCCAUUCGAUAUGUUGAUGAUGGGUACUGGUGGUGGUGGCUUUGACAAAGGUAAUAAUAAUCAUCCGGGGUUUAUGAAUAUGCUUGGAUUCCAAGAUUAUUCCUUAUUCGAUCUGCUCCCACCCACUACGACCACCACCAAUAUUGCUACAACGUCUUUAACGCUACCAUCAACCACGACGACGACGGCACAAGUGAUAGUGCAGCAGCAGCCGCAGCCGCAGCCGCAGCCGCCUCCGCCUGUGAAGACGACUCAAGUAAUAGAUCCGUGUUUUAGUGGUUGUUCAACUAUCGUCGUACCCGGGGACUCAUCGGAGGCUGUUAAUACUCCCGCUACCCCUAAUUCUCUCUCUAUUUCUUCGUCGUCGUCGGAUGCUGUCAACGAUGACCUGCCUCACCAGCAGAGUAAGACUGCCGAUGGUCAUGAUCAUCAUGAAGAGGACAAGACUAAGAAACAGUUGAAACCAAAGAAGAAGAACCAGAAAAGGCCCAAGGAGCCGAGAUUCGCGUUCAUGACAAAGAGCGAGGUUGAUCACCUUGAUGAUGGCUACCGUUGGCGAAAGUACGGCCAAAAGGCCGUUAAGAACAGCCCUUUUCCGCGGAGCUAUUAUCGUUGCACCACGGCAGCAUGUGGGGUGAAGAAGCGAGUGGAGCGAUCGUCUGAUGAUCCGUCUGUUGUGAUGACCACCUAUGAGGGGCAACAUACUCACCCAUGUCCGGUGAUGACUCGUGGAGGGAUUGGUAUUAGCAUCGGCAUGGGGAUGUUCUCGAUGCCAAACCAUCUGAAUCAAUGCAGCACCGCUCCCACCACCCCAUCUGCUUUUGGUGGAAGCGGUGCUGCAUCUUCCACUCUUCUCUUCCCACACCCUCAACACUACCAUCAAUCUAACAAUCUCUAUCCUCAACAUCAGCAGCAGCAAUUUCCCAGUUUCUUUCAUAACCCAACUCCAACAUCCUUGAGCUUCUCAGCUAGUGGUGGUGCCGGCCAACAACAACCUAACUCGAUUGCUCUCCUGCGUCCUCCUUGUUCUUCCUCUUCGAACCAGGUUAGAGAUGAUGGACUUCUUCAGGAUAUUGUGCCUUCACAAAUGCGUAAUGAUCAACAACCAACUAAAGAAGAAUAGAAAAUCACGGUUUUUAUAUAAAUUCUCUAUUCAGAUAAAACUAUAAUGUUGGGGUUUUUGUCACAUAGUAGUAACAGUAGUAGUAUACCCCUUUUCUUUUUUGUGUCUUUAUCAUUUGCUUAUCUAGUUUUAAGUAGGCAUUAGCUCGCUAACUUUCGAAGGAGGACGAAGAGGAGAAGGAAGGAGACCUAAUCUUCAUCAUUUCUUAAGAGGCCCUCAGUAAUCUCGGUUGAAGAUUCUAGUUCAGGGGUAUGUAACUUUCAUGGUAGAUUGGGUUCAUGAAAUUCCUAUAUUCUUUUCUUCUUUUAUAUUUUCUGUAUAUCGAUCAAGCUAUUUCUUAAUCAAAUCUCAGUUAUUAUGAAGAAUAUUCAGCAGUAAAUUUUUACCCUUUUA